AUGACAUCCACACUCUUCAAAGUCUUAAAUGCAAGAAAACAAGGAUGGAUAUUAGCAGUAAUCACAGACUUCUUCAAACACCAGAGAUGGCCCACGUCUCUGCCACAAGCCUCGCGGGGCAUUGCAGUGUUUGAGGCAAACGGCGCUAACUUGACAGGGACACACCCGCCUCUUUCCGCAGUGUUUCGCGCCGCUCGAAAGCUGAGAGUUGCGUCACAGCGCGUGGUGGUGGCGGUGGUGAGCGAGGACUCCGCCUUCCUCGCAGCUUUCGCUGAAUGGUCAAUGAGGAGCCGCCUUCUGGUGUGGUCCACGAGGCUCCUUGUAUUAACUCGCCUCCAACUUACGCGCGUCCAACACCUUCAUAAAGCUUUAUCCUUCACCAACUCGCUGCUCCUCACGCCGCAUCACGGACGGGGAACACGAAACAGGCUGCGGGUGUCGGUGGUGUUGCCGUACAGCAAGGCGGGGAGCGAGCCGCUAGUCGUGGCCACCUGGACGGCUGACCGAGGCCUCACCCUCACCUCACAUCUCCCACUAUUUCCACAGAAGUUUGAUAAAUUCAUCAGGCGAGCUCAUGUGUCAGUAGCAAUGGAGCAGAGUCACCUGCACAAAGCUUUCAUGGAAGACGACCCCUCCUCGCCUGGCAAGCAACGCCUGGGCUUCAAAGGCUACAUAGUGACGGUUCUCGACUACCUGGUGAAAGGACUCAACAUCACGUACACCUUCAUACGACCUCCAGACGGCAAGUGGGGUAACCUGCAGGAGGACGGCACCGUGACGGGUAUGGUGGGGCAAGUGUUCAGACAGGAGGCUGACAUCGGUCUCGGGCCUUUCGCUCUUAACCCCAAGCGGACAGCAGUCAUUGAGUUCACGGUACCACUCUUGAUCGGGUCCUUCAAGGUUUUCGGAGGCAGGGAAAGUCCUCAAGUGGAUCCUUGGGGGUUCCUCUUCCCGCUGGCGCCUCUGGUAUGGGCGGCCACCAUGGCAGCCCUCGUGUUGGUGUCAGCGGCAGUGCUUCUCCACUAUGUGCGAUUCCACAAGAGGACAGACAAGCAGGAUAUAGUUCUUAAAACACUCACGAUCACUGGCAUACUAUUACAGCAAUGUGUGGAAUUCAGGCGUCACUUGGUUUGGUGGGAGCGUCUAGUGCUGGGGCUGUGGAUGCUGACGACGCUGGUGUUGGCCAAGAGCUACGCCGGCAACCUCAUGUCCCUGCUGGCAGUGAGACACGUGCCGCAGCCCUUCCAGAGUCUACGGGAUGUUCUGGACGCGUCGCAUGUCAUCAUGAUAUGGCAUAAGGGCAGCUCACCGGCACAAUACAUGAAGGAUGCCACAUCAGGAAUCUUUUACGAAGUUCAGAAGACAGAGAAAGAAGGACGCCUGCAGUUCCUCCCUAUCAUUGCAUAUCCGUCGGCUCUCAACGACGUCAAACAGGGAAGGAAAGUAAUCGUCGACUUCGAUCUGGUCACGACAUCCUAUAACAGCAAACAUUUCUCUGCAGCGGGGAGCUGUCCAUAUUACUUAGGGAGGGAAACUGCAGCCACACAGUCACUGGCAAUGAUCAGCCAGAAGGACAACCCAAUUCUUCUUUCUCUCAACAGAAGGAUUCUCAACAUGAAUGAGGCGGGUCUCUUCCAACUGUGGUUUCAAAAUGCAAGACCCAACGCCACCGCCUGCACCUCUUCCCCCACCAAGAUCACCAUCAGUGCCCCCUUCUCUCUCACCAACAUCUGGGCGAUGUUCGUGGUAUUGGUUGCUGGACAAGGCCUCGGCCUCCUCUUCCUGUGCCUGGAGGUGCUGCACGUCUGCACCUCUUUCCAUCUGGACCACAAUUUGUAAUGUUUGAAUAAUGGUGCUCCAACAACGAUGUCUGUCUUGUUAAGCGCGUUUUGGUUGUAUGAAGCUUAACUUUGUUUGAUUAGCAGGCCAACUGUAGAUUCUGUAGGCCCACAUAAAGUUAUUCAGUUUAUUGUUUUAUUUAUUGUCCAGCCGAGCGGUUUCACUGGUAGUUUUAGUAUUUCUUAACAACCCAGGUGUACAAGGAAAACUCAGUACAUAAAAGUUAGUAUAUUAUGUACAAAUUUACAAGUGCUGUCCACACGCCACAUACAAGUACAUACGGAAACGUGUUUUAAACUCGGGAAAAUGUUUGUAAUGUCAUUGAGUUCACAGAGUCACUAAGUUCUCGCAGCACACAGGUUAGACGCACACACACUUGACGCACCCCGC